AUGAGGAAUCCAUAUCUUCUAAAUGUUCAAUCCUCACCAUUUCUCUACAACUUUGGUAAUGUUGGGUCCAGUUUUGAUCUACCAUUAGUAGAAUCUCCACUUCCUGUCAGUGUUCCUCCUUCAAGUCUAAACAAGCACAAGCAAUUUCCAUCAUCUUCUCCUUCCAAGGUUUCAAAGAAAGAACAACCUUUACCUCAAGUUAACACUUCUCUUUUACAGUCAAUCCAUGUUCAAUAUACCGCUAAAAUUCCUUUAUCACCUCCACAACAAGUUUAUGUUUCUACCCCUCUGAUCUCUACUCUUUAUACUACUACUACUUUUCAUGGGGAGUCUAGCUCUUUAAACUUUCAAGCAUCAGUGCUUUCUCAACUUAACGUUAUGGUUAACUUAAUAGAGUCCUUAUGA